AUGAGUCCCACAAUCUACGAUAGCAGCAUCCUCGUCCUGCAGGGCGUCCUCGGCACCCUAACACACAUCCUCAAAAAGGCCGAAGAACAACCCAAUGCCGAUACCUUACUCACCACCGCCCGCCUCUACGAGGAUAUGUACCCGAUAACUGACCAGGUGCGCUGUGCGACGCAAUACUCGGAAAACAUCUUAGCGCGCCUAACAGGUCGGGAACCCGUGACAUUUGAUCGCGACCUCGGCAGCUACGCAAAAUGCUACGAGCGUAUUGAGCUAGUCCUCAAAUCGCUCAAGGAAGCUGACAAGGAUGUCGUGAAUGGGCACGCGGAUGUUGUAUCUCCCACGGCCUUUGGGCCGGGAAAGGUGGUUGACAUGAAGGCCGGGGUGUGGGUGCACAGUAUUGCGUUGCCGAAUGUCUAUUUCCACUUGACGACGGCGUAUGGGAUUCUCAGGAAGGAAGGGGUGCCGUUGGGGAAAUGGGAUUAUUAUGCGGGGUUUGCGCCGGUUGCUUUGAGUCAAAAGUAA